ACACAAUCAUCAACUACUAGCUAGUCCACUACUUAAACACAUGAUGAUGAUGACUGAACCCCUACAUUCAGGGGAUAUCUCUAUUUUAAUUUCUUUGCAAAAAUGGUUUCAACUUCUCCUCCAAAGGAAGUUCAAUCCAACGGAAAAUGGGAAGAAGGAGGAGAUCCUACUCGCCGAGCCAAAUGGUGGUACUCAACUUUUCACACUGUCACGGCCAUGAUAGGUGCAGGCGUCCUCAGUUUGCCCUAUGCCAUGGCCUACCUAGGAUGGGGUCCAGGGACAAUGGUUUUGGUGUUAUCUUGGUGCAUGACCUUGAAUACAAUGUGGCAGAUCAUACAACUCCAUGAGUGCGUCCCUGGAACUCGAUUUGAUCGAUACAUUGACCUUGGCCGAUAUGCUUUUGGACCAAAACUCGGAGGAUGGAUAGUGCUGCCUCAGCAGCUGAUUGUUCAAGUUGGAUGUGACAUUGUUUACAUGGUUACCGGAGGGAAGUGCCUUAAAAAGUUCAUGGAGAUUGCCUGUGCCAGCUGCAAACAGCUUAGGCAGUCUUACUGGAUCUUGAUUUUUGGUGGCAUCCAUUUCUUCCUGUCUCAGCUUCCCAAUUUCAAUUCAGUUGCUGGUGUUUCAUUAGCUGCAGCAAUCAUGUCUCUAAGUUAUUCAACCAUAGCCUGGGCGGGAUGCUUGAGUCAUGGUCAGAUUGACAAUGUGAGCUAUGAGUAUAAGAACACAAGUCAGACAGAUUACAUGUUUCGAGUAUUCAAUGCACUUGGUCAAAUUUCAUUUGCAUUUGCCGGUCAUGCAGUUGCCCUAGAAAUUCAGGCCACAAUUCCAUCCACUCCAGAAAGGCCUUCAAAAAUACCUAUGUGGAAAGGUGCAGUUGGAGCCUACUUCAUAAAUGCUAUAUGCUAUUUCCCUGUGGCCAUGAUAGGAUACUGGUCAUUCGGCCAAGAUGUUGAUGAUAAUGUACUCAUGGCACUCAAGAAACCUGCAUGGCUCAUUGCCUCCGCAAACUUGAUGGUGGUUGUUCAUGUCAUUGGAAGCUACCAGGUUUAUGCUAUGCCUGUGUUUGACUUGCUGGAGAGGAUUAUGGUUAAAAGGCUGAACUUCCCACCAGGAAUUGCACUGAGACUCAUAACUCGAUCUGCUUAUGUAGCAUUUACCCUGUUCGUAGGAGUCACAUUCCCUUUCUUUGGAGAUCUUCUGGGAUUCUUUGGUGGAUUUGGUUUUGCUCCCACUUCAUAUUUUCUUCCCAGUCUAAUGUGGUUGGUCAUCAAGAAACCAAAAAGAUUCAGCCUGAAAUGGUUCACCAAUUGGGGCAGCAUAUUCAUAGGACUGUUCAUUAUGUUGGCAUCAACAAUUGGUGGCUUAAGGAAUAUCAUCACGGAUGCUUCAACAUACAGUUUUUAUACAUGAAUGAAUCGUGAAAUUUUAUGUUGUUUUAAUUAGAUGGAUUUCCUAGUAAUCAUAUAUCUUGUAAGAUCUGCAUUAUUAUCUUGAGCAAGUUGCAGUAGCAUAAAACGGAACAAUUAAUCCAAAUGUCAAGUUUUCUGUAAGUUCAAUUUCCUCUCAUUUCUUUUGAAUGUACAAGUAGAUAAGGAACUGGUUUGAAGAUAAUAACAAACCAUUUCCUGAUGCAAACACAUAAAG